GAAUGAAUGAGAAUAUGUUUUUCGAUUCCUUGUUUUUAAACAAAGUUACAUCCCAGCCUAAAAAAUAUUUAUAGAUUGCUUUCUUCAGAUAUCUUUUUGGAUUUUAGAUUAUACAACAUGAAGAAUACGCCUAAAUAUGGAUCUAAUAAGGUGUUUUUAUAUACUUAAUAUUGAAUUCAUUUUUGAAGCUCGAGGUCUAAUUUCCAAAAAGAUUGUUAUUGGAUGUAUUUUACAGAUUAAAUGAUUGAA